AUGCACACAGUGCAGUCCUCAGUAAACUGUGUUCCUGAAUCCAGGGAAAAGCUGGGCCUGGGGUGUUUGGAUGAAUCUGAGCAGGGUGAGAGGGAUUUUAAAAACCCCAAAUCGUGUAAAGAAACUGGGAGAGGGGAGGGGGCUCCUGGUUCUUCUCUCUGUGGGAAGCGGGAGGAUGCUGUGGCUCCCGGCUCGGGAGAAGUAGGAUCGCGGUGGGACCAGUGCGCCAAGAAGCCGGGAGCAGGCACAGGGAAGGGGCCGCGGAGGGAGAUCGGCCCCGCCGAGCUCCAGCAUCGCCGCAUCCCCUGCAGGUCCAGGCGCGCUCCCCCGCGGCACCGGGCCAAGGAAAACACCGGCAACCCGAUCCCUUCCCGCGGCACGGGGGCCGCUGUUUAUCCUGGAGCCGGAGCCGGGGGCCCCGAGCCGAGGGCCGAGCCCGAGCCCGGCGCUGCUGCCGAGGCGGGGGCUCAUUGCCGGGGUGCCGCCCGCAUGGCGCUGCUGCUGGGGGCCGUGCUGCUGGCGGCGGGCGCUGCCGUGGCCCCGGCCGUGCCCCCGGCCAUGCCCGCGCCCCGGGAGCUGGCGCGCUCCGUGCUGGAGACGCACGGGCAGGAGCUGCGGCUGCUGCGGCUGCUGGGAGUGGCCCGGACGAGCUUCGACUGGGGGACCCACUUCAGCAUCAACUUCACGGCCCGGCAGCCGCCCUGCCCCAAGCCCGCCCCGGACCCCCGCGGCUGCCGGGGCCGCCCGGGCAGGGUGCAGCGCUGCUCGGCCCAGGUGUCCGUGUUCACCUUCCUGCCCGACGUGCCGCUGUCGAUGGUGGAGUGCGGCCGGGAGCCGCAGCCCGGUGACAGCGCCCAGCCCCGCUCCCCUGGCACCAACCCAGGUCACUCAUCCUCCUCAUCCUCAUCAUCAUCCUCGGGCCCCCCUCCGCGGCCUCGGCCCCCUCCCAGCGCGUCCCUGCAGGGAUUGUCCCGCCGCCCCCUGUCCCCAGCGGAGCUGCAAUAAAGAGAUUUCGGGGUCGGA